UUAAUCAAACCCAAAUCCCUGUCUUUCUCCGGCCAUGGCCACCACCGCCGUCCUCAUCCUGCUCGCAAAGCUCCUCCCGAUGCUAGCCACCGCAACCGAUAGCCGCUGGCCCGCCGCUGACUACGGCUUGGCCCUCACGCCCAAUCACUCGUGCGGCGACAUGGGCAAGUACCCUCCAGGCAGGGCGUACGAGGCCAACGUACGCCAUCUCGUCGCCACCAUUCCUGCCAAGGCGAAUGCGGAAUCCUCCAGGUAUGGGGAAUCCUGCAAGUGCUCUUUCGGCAACUUCGCCGGCGAGAGCCCCAACCUGGUCGCAGCGGACGCCUCCUGCUGCUGGCACCCGGACGCCAAGUCGCCGGACUGCGGCGCUUGCAUCGCGCUGGCCUUCCAGGAGGCGCAGAGGCUGUGCCCGUACGAGAGGAGUGCUGAGGCCGUGGUUGACGUCGACGGCGGCACGUGCCAGGCUUACUUCCACGACUACGACAUCAGGGAGCAGUUCGUUCACGUCGGCCCCAGCACACCGCCGGAGCUCCUUCCGGCGCUAGUUGCUGCGGCCGACGGCUGGCCCGCCUCCGACGACAGCAUGACCCUGACGCCCAGUCACAUGUGCGGUGACAUGGGCACGUACGCUCCGGGGAGCGCGUACGAGGCCACCCUGCGCCAUCUCGCCGCCACCAUUGCCGCCAAGCUGAAUGCGAAAUCCAGCGAAAGCGCGGGCGAGAGCCCCAACCGGAUUGUGGUGUCGGCCUACUGCUCCUGGCACCCGGACGCUGAGUCCGCGGACUGCAGCGCAUGCAUCGCGCUGGCCUUCCGGGAGGCGCAGAGGCUGUGCCCGUACCAGAGGCAGGCUGAGGCCGUGGUUGACGGCGGCGCGUGCAAAUUCUACUUCCAUGACUACGACAUCAUGGAGCAGUUCCAGCACGGCGACCCCAGUAGUGAUCUUCACGGGAACACAGUGGACCAGGCCGUGGGCGUUGUUGCGGAAAACGAGGAGAACAGUACAAGAAUGGGAUGGGCAUGUCAUAUCUUGGAGACAACGAUCAUGGACAUCUUCGCAAACCUUGGGUAGGUGUCUAAUAGAAGAAUUUGUGCUUAGUUUUUUCUCAAUGCUCAUGAACAAUGUGUGUUUUAUUUGGGCCAUUUAUUGGUUCUUUUAAAUCAGUUGGAGGCUGAAACUAUAUGUAAUAAUCGGAUGGUUG